UUCAGUAACGUGACACUUUUGGUGUAUGUGACACUAAAAUAGAAAAUAGGGAUUUAAAAAAAUGAAAGUGUUAAAAUUGCUGAAAUCAGUGAGAUAUUCGUUAGCAGCGCUCAAUGGAUUACUUUUGCUAACAGGCUUGCUCUUACUGAUCGUCGGUAGCGUGGUCCUCGUAACGUACCUGGAGUAUGAGCUGGUCAUCACGCAGAAGUUCUUCAGCUUGUCAGGGUUGGUCAUAGCCACCGGUGUCAUCAUCAUUCUUGCAGUCGCUCUUGGACUCUAUGGCGCUAUUUCUGAACAAUUCUACGUAAUUCUUGGGUACGUAGCCUUGCUGCUUGCGAUCCUCGUAUUCGAGAUAUCAGCGGCAGUCGUGAGCUUGAAGUUGAAGAGUAAUGCAUCUUCAGAGAUCAGGGCGAGCAUGCAACAUGCACAGCUGCUGUAUGAGACUAGGAGGGAAAUAACAAUACUGUGGGACGACAUGCAGAUGGGUUUCGAAUGCUGUGGAGUGGUGGGUCGUAACGACUGGGUCUCCAACCGAAUCCCUAUCAGUUGCUGCCACAUAGACUAUGGCACAAUUUCUCCUUUCUACUGCAACUUGACCAACGCCUACACGACUGGCUGCGCCGCAGCCUUGGGGGAGUGGCUGAGCUACAACGCCAAUGUUAUUGGUGUUACUUCAUUGAUCGCCAUAACGUUAACUGUGCUGAUAUCGGCGGCCGCAGGGUGGUUGGCGUGGAGAUCGAAGUUCGAAGAAGUUGAAUUGGAGUCCUAAAUAAAUAUCUUGUGUUUUUGU